GCCAAUCGACAUGGAGCGCGGUGCUGCCGCGGAGAGGUCCGGCCCGAAUAUCCCUCCGCCUUCCUCCUCCCUCUCUCUCCCUCCCUGCGAGCCGCCGAUCACUUACCGCCUCCCUUCCUUCUUUCUCCCUCCGCCACCCGAGCACCAGCCGCGCUCUGAGCUACCCCCGGGGUCCCUCCCCCGCCGCCAGAGGAGCAGCUGCCGCCGCCGCCAGCAACAAAUUAGGAGGGAGGAAGGAAGGAAAAGAGGAAGGAAAGGGAGCCGGGGCGACUACCAAGAGGGAGCCGGUGAAUGGGCUUGUGGUGACCCCCGCCCCCCACCCCACCCUCCCUUCCCACCCGACCCCCAACCCCCAUCCCCAGUUAGAGCCGCCUCCCAAGAAGCCGGACCGUCGUCUUAGGAGGAGUCCCCGCCACCACCUCCGCCAUGGAGCUGAUCACCAUCCUCGAGAAGACCGUGUCUCCCGAUCGGCUGGAACUGGAAGCGGCGCAGAAGUUCUUGGAGCGUGCGGCCGUGGAAAACCUGCCCACGUUCCUUGUGGAACUGUCCAGAGUGCUGGCAAAUCCAGGAAACAGUCAGGUUGCCAGAGUCGCAGCUGGUCUACAAAUCAAGAACUCUUUGACAUCUAAAGAUCCAGAUAUCAAGGCACAGUAUCAGCAGAGGUGGCUUGCAAUUGAUGCUAAUGCCCGACGGGAAGUCAAGAAUUACGUUUUGCAGACUUUGGGCACAGAAACUUACCGGCCUAGUUCUGCCUCACAAUGUGUGGCUGGUAUUGCUUGUGCAGAGAUCCCAGUGAACCAGUGGCCAGAACUCAUUCCUCAGCUGGUGGCCAAUGUCACAAACCCCAACAGCACAGAGCACAUGAAAGAGUCGACAUUGGAAGCUAUCGGUUACAUUUGCCAAGAUAUAGACCCAGAGCAGCUACAGGACAAAUCCAAUGAGAUUCUGACUGCCAUAAUCCAGGGGAUGAGGAAAGAAGAGCCCAGUAAUAAUGUGAAGCUGGCGGCUACAAAUGCACUCCUGAACUCAUUGGAGUUCACCAAAGCAAACUUUGACAAAGAGUCCGAAAGGCACUUUAUUAUGCAGGUGGUCUGUGAAGCCACACAGUGUCCGGAUACAAGGGUACGAGUGGCUGCCUUACAGAAUCUGGUAAAGAUAAUGUCCUUGUAUUAUCAGUACAUGGAGACGUAUAUGGGUCCCGCUCUUUUUGCUAUCACAAUUGAAGCAAUGAAAAGUGACAUUGAUGAGGUGGCCCUACAAGGGAUAGAAUUCUGGUCCAAUGUGUGUGAUGAGGAAAUGGACUUGGCCAUUGAGGCUUCCGAGGCAGCAGAACAAGGACGACCCCCUGAGCACACCAGCAAGUUUUAUGCCAAGGGAGCACUACAGUACCUGGUUCCAAUCCUCACACAGACACUAACUAAACAGGACGAGAAUGACGACGACGAUGACUGGAACCCCUGCAAAGCGGCAGGCGUGUGCCUCAUGCUCCUGGCCACCUGCUGUGAAGAUGACAUCGUCCCACACGUCCUCCCCUUCAUUAAAGAACACAUCAAGAACCCUGACUGGCGGUACCGGGAUGCGGCAGUAAUGGCUUUUGGCUGUAUCUUGGAAGGACCAGAGCCCAAUCAGCUCAAACCCCUAGUUAUCCAGGCUAUGCCCACCCUAAUAGAACUAAUGAAAGACCCCAGUGUAGUUGUUCGAGAUACAACUGCAUGGACUGUGGGCCGAAUUUGUGAACUGCUCCCUGAAGCUGCCAUCAAUGAUGUCUACUUGACUCCCCUGCUGCAGUGUCUGAUCGAGGGCCUCAGUGCUGAGCCCAGAGUGGCUUCCAAUGUGUGCUGGGCUUUCUCCAGUCUGGCUGAAGCUGCUUAUGAAGCUGCAGAUGUGGCUGAUGAUCAGGAAGAACCAGCUACCUAUUGCUUAUCUUCUUCUUUUGAACUCAUAGUUCAGAAGCUCCUGGAGACCACAGACAGACCUGAUGGACACCAGAACAACCUGAGGAGUUCUGCGUAUGAAUCUCUGAUGGAAAUUGUGAAAAAUAGUGCCAAGGAUUGUUACCCCGCCGUUCAGAAAACUACUCUGGUUAUCAUGGAACGACUGCAGCAGGUGCUCCAGAUGGAGUCACAUAUCCAGAGCACAUCCGAUAGGAUCCAGUUCAAUGACCUUCAGUCGUUGCUCUGCGCAACUCUUCAGAACGUUCUCCGAAAAGUGCAACAUCAAGAUGCUUUGCAGAUCUCUGAUGUGGUCAUGGCCUCCCUGUUAAGGAUGUUCCAAAGCACAGCUGGGUCUGGGGGUGUGCAAGAGGAUGCCCUAAUGGCAGUUAGCACACUGGUGGAAGUGUUGGGUGGUGAAUUCCUAAAGUACAUGGAGGCCUUUAAACCCUUUCUGGGCAUUGGAUUGAAAAAUUAUGCUGAAUACCAGGUUUGUUUGGCAGCUGUGGGCUUAGUGGGAGAUUUAUGCCGUGCUCUGCAGUCCAACAUCUUACCUUUCUGUGAUGAGGUGAUGCAGCUCCUACUGGAGAACCUGGGGAAUGAAAAUGUCCACAGGUCUGUGAAGCCACAGAUUCUGUCAGUGUUUGGUGAUAUUGCCCUUGCUAUCGGUGGAGAGUUUAAAAAAUACCUAGAGGUUGUCUUGAAUACUCUUCAGCAGGCCUCCCAAGCCCAGGUGGACAAGUCAGACUAUGACAUGGUGGAUUAUCUGAAUGAGCUACGAGAAGGCUGCUUGGAGGCCUAUACCGGAAUUGUCCAGGGAUUGAAGGGAGACCAGGAGAACGUGCACCCGGAUGUCAUGCUGGUACAACCCAGAGUAGAAUUUAUUCUGUCUUUCAUUGACCACAUUGCUGGAGAUGAGGAUCAUACAGACGGAGUAGUAGCUUGUGCUGCUGGACUGAUAGGGGACUUGUGUACAGCAUUUGGGAAGGAUGUACUGAAAUUAGUAGAAGCUAGGCCAAUGAUCCAUGAACUGUUAACGGAAGGACGGAGAUCGAAGACUAACAAAGCAAAAACCCUUGCUACAUGGGCAACAAAAGAACUGAGGAAACUGAAGAACCAAGCUUGAUCUGUUACCAUUGGGAUGAUAACCUGAGACCCCCACUGGAAAUCUCCAAUCUUGUGAAAAACCCGGAAGUGAGGAGUGUGCACGGAUGCUGAAUGUUUGGGAAUGAGAGGAUGAGUGAGUGAGGCUUGAAAACACACCACACUGAACAUCCUGCCGCAGCCACUGGCCGCCGACAGCAGCGCUGUUAGUGAGCUAAGUAAGCACUGGCUUCGUAGAAAACCGUAACGUCGGCCAUCUCGGAAAAGAGAAAAACGAUGGAUUUACUUGCUUAGAAAAAAAAAAGAAAGUUAUCUCUUCCCAGGAGAGGCUAGAACUAGCUUUUCUGUCUUUUGGCCGGUGCCAAGUGGAGUGUACUGGUUUGGGAGAGGAGGAGGGACUGGGUUCAGCUGUGGUGCUUUGUUGUAAAAGGCAGCCUGGCCUUUGCUACUGAUAAGAAAGAUGGAGCCUGGGUCUCAAGCCCACCUUUGGUGUACCUUUGCCACACGGUACUGUUUGCGUGUUGGCUAAAAGGAGGGUGAGGGAUUCUUUACAGUCUGAGAAUGAGUGUGUGUGAGUGAGGCGGUAUCCACAUUCUCAACUUCAAGUCAUUGCAGUUUCUUUUUCCCAGAAAAAAGGGGUUAGAUGUUGCAUUUCAUAAAACUAACCGAAGUUCUGUCUACUGAUGCAGCACAAGAGAUGUGUAAAAAAAAAAAAAAAAAAAAAAAAAAAAAGGAAAGACGCUCUUUAGGUUUUGUUUUUUGUUUUCUUUUUUUGUUUUGUUUUUAAUUAUCUUCUAGGGAAAACACUGACGAAUGGUCAGAGCUCCCGUAUCCUGAUCUUUUCAUCAAGGCGCCUUUCCUAAAUAAUAUGGUUCAACUGUGAAUGUAGAAGUGGGGGGGAGGGGGGAGAAAAAGAAAACUCUGGAGUUAGAGGAUCUAGAACAAAUUCAGUUGUUACAAAUAAAGGACGCAAACUUCAAAAACAAAAGAAAGCCACAACCCAAACAAACCAAAAUUUUAGAUGCUCAGAAUUGGCAGCACAAAAGAAAAGUUCUCUCCUGAUAUGUAUCGUGGUAGUCUGAACACCCCCAGAAAAUUGUGCCAAAGAGUUUAGAAAACAAAUACACAAUAAAAGUACACACAUGCACACACACAUGCACACACAGCAAACUUCAGGUAACUAUUUUGGAUUGCAAACGAGGAUAAAUUUAAUGUUGAAACAAUCUGAUAAAAUAACCAUUUGGAAACUGCUUGGCCUUCUGUUCUCUUUUAUUUGAUUGACUACAAUGCGGUAUUGGUCUCUUGCUGCACUUCAAAACCAACUAACCAACAAAACGCAAAAAACAAAAGUAUAUAUAUAUAUAUAUAUAUAUACACUAGAACUCUUGUGAUGAAAAUGGCACUUGGAAAGGGUUUUAUUUUUCCACUGAAGGUGAAGAUUAAUGAAAUGGUGUCAAACAUUCCCCUGGUCACUCACACUAAUAUUUUUUUGGAAGUGUGAUGUGUUAUGAGAACCAUAAAUCAGACUAAGUUAUUUUCCCUUUUACAAGGGAACAGGGCACCCUGAAUUUUGGUUUUAGAAUCUUUCAGCAAUAAGGAGGGAUGUCGGUGAGCUUUGAUCCCCUUUUGGUUUUGCAGUUAUUAGGAGCUUUUGCUGGCAUUUUGAAUAUGCUGCUUUCAAAAACCCCAAGGAAGAUUUUUAAUUGCUUCCUGGUAUUUGGAGGAUUAAAACACAAGACCUUAAAUUCCCACUUUCCAUUUCCAUUCUAGCAAAAAAUGUGGGCUUACGUUUUUUCUCUUUGCCAUUUUCCUUUCCCUGUCUAAGCCUUC